AUGUCUUCACCGUCGAGGCAGAUCAAAUGUGUAGUUGUUGGAGACGGAACAGUUGGAAAAACAUGCAUGUUAAUAUCUUACACAACUGACUCUUUUCCAGUUCAGUAUGUGCCUACAGUAUUUGAUAACUAUUCGGCACAGAUGAGUCUUGAUGGGAACGUUGUGAACUUAGGAUUGUGGGAUACUGCUGGACAGGAGGAUUAUGAUCGUUUACGACCACUUUCCUACCCACAGACGGAUGUUUUCAUUCUCUGCUUCUCUGUCGUCUCGCCCGUAUCGUUUGACAAUGUGGCAAGCAAGUGGAUUCCGGAAAUACGACAGCAUUGUCCAGAUGCGCCUGUCAUUCUAGUUGGUACCAAACUCGAUUUGCGCGACGAGGCCGAACCGAUGCGUGCUCUGCAGGCCGAAGGAAAGUCCCCAAUUUCCAAAACGCAAGGCAUGAAAAUGGCUCAAAAAAUUAAAGCUGUCAAGUAUUUGGAAUGCUCUGCAUUGACGCAACAGGGACUCACACAGGUGUUCGAAGACGCCGUACGGUCCAUUCUUCAUCCGAAACCACAGAAAAAGAAGAAGUCUUGCAAUAUUAUGUAACUCCCAAAAGGCUCUUCUUCCCGAUCAUCAAACGAGUAAUCAGACUGUUUAUCAGAUUUGUGUCACUUUUACAAUGUAAUAUAAUUAACAUGUAAUAUCUGUUUUUAUCAAAGUUCUACGUCAGCGUUAUAUGGCAUCCUUUUUUAUUAUUGGACGUUUCCCAGUCAUUAGCAUUUACCUCGUUUUGCAGAGCAUACCAAAAAUGCCAAAUUUCUAAAUUUACUACUCUCUUUUACUCAAAUGUUCUAAUUGCUUAUAUUCUGAGAUCCUCCAUCUGUGAAAUUUUACCUUUUUUCCAGUCAGCCGCUUCAAAUUCUUAACAUUUGUCUGGUUUUGUUCGACAAACUUAAUCGUUCUUCAUAUUGGGUUGUAGGAAACGAAACAUUAUUAUUCCCAGACAAUGUAAUCACUUUGAUAAAUAAUAUUUAAAAUAUUCUAUUGAGAUUGUCAUAAGUUUUUCUUCAUCGAAAGUGUCUGGUCUAUGUAUUGUAAAAAUAAAAAUAUUAUU